CUGCCCUGUCUCUAUGCUGGGAUGCCUAAACUCUCCAGUGUGGGACAGACCACCACUUUUGCAUUAACUGGUCUUUGCAUAAAUAAAGGUAGGGAUUUUUACAUCCUUAUGUAGCCAGGUGUGUUCAGGCCAAAUGUUAGAUAUAUGGUCAAUGAUUAAAUGAGGAAUGUCUGUAUGAGGUUUCAGGUGUUUCUUUUUCCUCUCAGUCUGUUUCCCAACUGUUUCUUGGUCCCAAACAUACCUUCGCUCAUCUUCCCAGUUCAACCUGAGAGGGACCUUGUGCUUCUUUGUUGUAUGACAGAUGUUAGAGGGAGAUGAACUUCAUUUGACUCUGCUGCAUACAUGUCAGACAAGAUUAGAUCACAUUAAAUGCUGAACAGGGAGUCUUCUGUAGGCUUCAGACCAGCAAACUGGAGUGUUUUAGAUUCCUGUCUGUGUUAUUUAUGAACUGAAAGAGUAGACUUUUUGUAUUUUCCAUUUUCUAUGAAAUACAAUAACUGUGAAAAGAUUUAUUUGCACUGCUUUUUGCUCUUUAAAGAUGCAGCAUAAUCUCCAAGUUACUGCGACAGCCCAAAAACCAACGCUCUCCCACCAUCUUGCCUCCAGUUCUGUGUUGUCACUUUUGCAGAGGGAUGUCUUCUGGAUCAUGUUCCUGUGGUUUCCAUCAGAAUGAGCCUCUAAAACCUCUGGAACAGCUGCAGUUUUUGGUUUAGAGCUUGAAAAUAUUGUCUUAAGAGUCAAACAGUGUUUCAACACUGAAACAGGCUUUGAAAACACAGUUUUUUCACGGCUUUACAUCCCAAAAUCACUUAGACCAGAACUGUUUUUACCACUGCCUGGUUAAUACACUUCUUCACCAGCCAGUUUACCACUUAAGAUGUUCUGCAACUGUCUGCCACAGGUGUCAUGUAUCUGACAUGUUAACAUGGAAGGAAGUUUGUACUUUCCCUGCUUACAGGAGCUCCUUUUUGUACCUCUGCCUCCUUUGUAGUGCUGUCUGGAACAGCACAUAGGUGUGUGGACAGGCCCCACCCUGCCCUUUGUUAGGAAUAAUACUCUGUUUAGCCGCCGUGCCUUGACUUGUUUCUUUUCACUUUUUACACACCUGCUCUCUUCGUGCCAUGAGUGCCUCCGGGUCCACAGCCUUUAGAGGGGAUCAAGUAUCUCCUUGUCCCUGCUAAUCUGCCCUGAAAGCCCCCGCUUACACUGUGAAGUAGUUAAUGUUUGAUGGAAAACAACGUCUUACCUCUGAGCUUUGACAAAUAUUUGAUUGGAGGGUUUUUUUUUUUUUACUGUAACUUCCAAACCUCUCGUUCACCUAUUCAGUCUGCCAUGAUGCAGACUUUCUGUCUUGUUGAUCAUGUCUAGGAACGCGUUUUUUAAAAUGAUCACACACCGCAUAUCUUUUCCUUUUAGAGCGUUGACCACUCAGCUUUGUUUUGGCUUCCCAGCGAUGUCUGUGGACAAUUUGCUUCCUCUUUAAUUGGACCUUUCUUCUCUUCCUGUGGAAUUCGUCUGUGACUUUUGUACCAAACAGACAUUAAAAUGCUUGUUUGUUUCCAUCAGGCUGAAAUCCUAUUUUCCUGUGUUUUCCGUCACCAUGAUGUCGCCACGUGAGCUCCUGACUCACCUGCUCCUGCUCCUCCAGCUCCUCCUCCCUCUCACCCUGUCCUUUCUGCACCCUCCUCACCACCCGCCUGUCCACGUCCCCACGCUGGUCCCUCACGAGCCGACGCCUCUCAUCCGCUCCCGCUUCAGCGCUCAGACUCAGCUGGACUUCACCACUCACUGCAACUCCAGCUGCUUCCACAGAGGAGAGCAGGAGGCCCAGAAGGAGCAGCUCACAGAGAAACUGGCUUUUGAGACGCUGUACGCCGACGGCUCCCGCACUCUCACUACCGUAGACGUGGAGGGUGAUGAGGAGUUUGGAGGGGAUACGGUUCACUUUGCUCAUCCUUCACCGAGGAGAGGAAGAGUGAAGCCCAGGCACAGACGUGUGAGGCGGCAGAUCUAUGGAGCAGACGGACGCUUUAACAUCCAAGGUGACAACUUCCUGUUGGAUUACCCUUUCUCCACAGCCGUGCGGAUCUCCACCGGCUGCACCGGCGUUCUUGUGUCUCAGCAGCACGUCCUCACAGCUGCGCACUGUGUGCACGAUGGGAGGGAUUAUGUCAAGGGGGCGCGGAAGCUCAGGGUGGGCUUCCUGAUUCCUCCAUCCAUCAACGGCACCAAAGCCGGCCUCACUUCUGCCAAUAAGCCUCUUGUCCGCUGGGUGAGGGUGAAACGUACCCGUGUGCCAAAGGGCUGGAUCCAGGGUCCUCAGGAGGUCAGCAUGGACUUUGAUUACGCCCUGCUGGAGCUGCGUUGGCCUCACAGACGUCCCUUCAUGCGCCUCUCUGUGGCUCCCUCCUCUGACGACCUGGCAGGGAACCGCAUCCACUUCUCUGGUUUUGACAGCGACAGGUCUGGGGAGCUGGUGUACAGAUUUUGUCCCGUGGAAGAAGAGUCCAGCGACCUGAUAUACCAGCACUGUGAUGCCCGACCUGGAGCCAGCGGCUCUGGAGUGUAUGGAAGAGUGUGGGACAACAGUUUAGAGCGCUGGGAAAGGAAGGUCAUCGGCAUUUUCUCUGGACACCAGUGGCUGGAGAUAGACGGGGAGAACCGGGAUUACAAUGUGGCGGUGCGCAUCACUCCUCUGAAGUUUGCUCAGAUCUGUUACUGGGUGCACGGUAACCGAUUAGACUGUGUCCAGGACUAAGACGGACAAAAGUAGGACACGGACAAGGAGGAGGUUUUGAAAGUAUAGCAUGAAAAACACAAGAAAACACAGAGUGACUGAAAAAAUACAGGGUGAAAUGUCUCAUUUCCCCUAAAGAAAGAAGAGUGAAACAGGAUUAAAUCCUUACAAAAAUAACUUCUGCGAUACUACUUUUGGAUCCACUUCUCUUUGAUUUAGUUAUUUCUCUCCUGUGUUUAAUUUACUCCCUGUAACCUUUGGGCCUAUUAAACAAAUGUGCCUGUGAGAUCAUCACCACGGCAUCUUUAAAUAUGUUUUUGCCCGCAGUCAGAUUAAUAACACACUCAGUGUUUCCACAGUAUUAACAUGAACAACUUUUUACAAGAGGGAAAAAAACACUUUUCCUCGUGUGUGCAGUGUCAGAAACACCAAUUAUUUUCCUACUGUGGAUGACGGAAAUCUACUGACAUUUUGUCUUCACAUCUUUCCCGCUCUCUUUUCUGACUUUGGGGAAAUGGUUUGGUAUUUUUAUAGCUCUUUGACGAUCAUUCAGUUUGUGGACACCACAGAUGCUUUUCGACCUAACGUUUCGGCAGACAGUAUGCUCUUCUCAGUGUGGACUGAAGAGACAGAGUGUUUAUUUUAUUUUUUUGAAAAAUGCUUGAUAUAUUUUAAUAAACAGAGAUUUAUAACA